CUCCUCUUCCUCCCCGCAUUUUGAUUCGUCGAUCGGAGAAGUCAACAAAAGAGUUCCGGAAUGCCAAAUUUCGAGGAUCUUCCCAACGAUUGUCUAGCCCUUAUUAUCUCCUUAACCAGUCCACUCGAUGCCUGUAGAUCUUCGCUAGUUUCCAAAUCCUUCAACUCUGCCGCCGGUUCCGAACCCCACUGGGUUAAGUUCCUGCCGGCCGACUACCAGAAUUUGGUUCCUGCAUCGCAAUCCUUUUCCUCUUUGAAGUCCCUUUAUCUCAGCCUCUGCGAUCAUUCUGUCCUCAUUGAAGACGGUAAAAUGGUAUAGGAACAUAUCCCAACCUCCUCGCUAAUUAUUUUGUUAUGUUGUUCCUCAAAUGAAUUUACAAGGUAUGGAAACAUCCUAAGUCCCAACCUGCUCUCUGAAUAAAAUUAAUUUCAUUAG